AUGUAAUUUACGAAUUUGGAAGAGUACUUAUCGACUAGAAUGUAGGAGAUGUCUAAGUUUUAUAGUUAGUUAAAUAUUCCAAUAUGUAAUAAAUAUGUAUAUAAGUAGUUGAUGAUAUAAAGUUUAAUGUUAAAGUUAAGGAAGAAAAAAAUGAGAAUAGAAGUUAGAAAUUAUAAGAAUACAAAUAAGAAGCUUCAUAGAAUUCUUUCAUGAACGAAUUUAUUGAGGAAGCUUAAAAUCAAUAAAAUCAAUACACAGAUAUCUUUGAUGAAAUACCAAUAAAAGGGGCAUAGAAACCAUUUGAAUAAUUAUUGUAAGAUUAAGGUAUAGUAGAACAUGAGAAAAAGGAUAAGAAAGAAUUCCUAAAGAAGGGAACAAGAUAAUUUCUAUCUAAUGCAUAAACAAGAUCUGAAUUAUCAAAGAGAGAACAUCAAGAGAUAUUAAAAUUGAAUAAUGAAAAUUUAGCAGAAUAAUAAUAAUAAUAAUAAUAAUAGCCAAAAAAAAUGCCAGUUAAUUUUUUAUAGAAGGGUAAGGGUAAAUAAUGUACUUAAAAAGUAAAUGAUUCACUAUUAGAUCAUACAAAAAAUGAUGAAAGCAUAAUAUAAUAAUAAAAUGACGAUAAAAAUGAAUUAAAGAAAGAGAGAUAGUUAUUGGAAUAGUAAUAGAAAGAAUUAUAGAAGUUAAAAAUUUAGUAAUAAAAGUAAUUAGAAUAGGAGAAAUAGGAGUUUGAAAAAUGGAAAGAAGAAGAGAAAAAAAAGAUUGAAAGAAUAACAAAAAAGCAUUAUACAAUUUAAUAACAAAGACAAUAAUAAUUAACAACAAAAUAAUUAGAAGAGUUAGAUUAUUUGAGAAAAAAAGUAGCUUAAUAAAAUGAAGAGAUAAAGGAAUUGAAGUUUCAAUUAGAAAAAUAAUAAUUAUAAUAGAUGAGUAGUGUGUAAAAUACUAGUACUCAUAAUAUAAAUAAAUUAAUAGCUUAAUCAUCACCAUAGAGUAAUUAUUCAACUAAGGCAUCAAAUGCUUCAGAAAAUAAAGGAAAUUCAUAUGCAAUAAUGCAUAAUAAAUAGGGAUGUAUUAAUGAAGAAGAGGAGUUUGAUUCUUAAAAUGGAGAAGAUUAGAAUAGUUAUUAAAAUGGGGAUAGUUAUGAAUAAGAGAAAAUAAAAAUUGAUAUAACUCAAUUGAAAAAUGAACCAAAGAUUUCAAUAGAUAUGAUUAAUGAUCAAAUAGAUGAAUCAGAAUUUGAGUUUCAAAAUAAUAAAUAUUAUAAAGAAUAUUUAGAUUAUUUGAAAUAAGAUGAUAAAGUAAUUUAGUAAACUUAAUCUGCUGAUGGAAAGAUUUCAAGAACAUAUUAAAGUGGAAAAAAAGAAGCAGUUUUCAAUAAUGGUGUAAAACGAGAAAUAUUUUCAAAUGGUUUUACUAUUGUUCAUUUUACAAAUAAGGAUAAAAAAUAAACAUUACCAGAUGGAAAAAUAAUUUAUUAUUUUGGUCAAGCUAAGACUACAUAAAUAACAAUUUAAAAUGGACCUUAAGUAUUAAUGAAUUAUCAUAUAGAUUUAUCGAUUUUCAAAUAAUUAAAUAGAAAUUCAUUUUUAAAAUGGAGAAAAAUAAAUAAGAUUUUCUGAUGGUACCAAAAAAUAUAUUUAUCCAAAUGGAGAAGAAGAGACCUUAUUUAGUGAUGGAAUAUUUUAAAAAGUUGAUGUAAACAAAGUUAAAUAUAUUGAAUAUCCUGAUGGGAAGAUUGAGACAACUUAUCCAGAUGGUAAAGUAGAAAAUUUAUCUCCUAAAAAAUAAUAUAAUUGA